GGGAAUGUUAGACGACAAGUCACGAAACAAAUGCACGGGGACUGGUUUAGGGUUUAUCGUACCCUUAAUUUCCUGUUGUGGCGAAGAGAACCGUAAACUGGAAAUUGGCGUAGAAUCCGCGUGGUCCGGGAUUGUCCGAAACCUGCAACUGGAGAAUGGACUAUGACAGAGACUGAAGCCAAAGAGGAGUUGUCUGACAGGGAAGACACGAUGUUCAUGUCGUUGUCGAUGGCUUUGUAUUUUUGCUGAGACAGAACAGAGAGAGAGAGAGAGAGAGAGAGAGAGGUUUGGGUUCAGUCAGUCGUCGCUUUCCGGAGAUGUGAUCGCUCGUCGACAUUUCAUUGUCUGUUGCUCAGUCGUACGACAGGCAUCGUAAACCUCUGACGAAUGCCUGUCGUGACACUGAAAUCAAUUGGAGCUAGCGGAUUGGCAUGGAGCUUGUCGCAGAUGGUGCAAGCAGGCGCGUGACGUGCUGGAUUAUCUGCCGUUUCGUGUCCCUGCAGUGCUCUCUCGCGCUUGACAGUGGCGAAGGGAAGCACACAGCGUGCAUGUGAAUUUUCAGGUGACAGAGCCAGAGAGAGAGAGGGAGAGACUCAUCUUCAGGUACUGCUGCUGCCCGGCGCGUAUGAGCCUGGUGAAGAUCUGGGCCGAGUUGAUUGGGGGCGACUGAACCGGAGAUCAGCUUUUCCACACAGGUUGCCGCCCACUUCUACUGUUCUGAGGUUGCAUUCGAAAUGGGGGACGACAAUCGUCAUGAAAUGAUGGAAUCAUUGUUCGGAGCAGAGUCGGGAGACUCUGAUGACGAACCAGAGCUUAAACCCUCCGAUUCCAACAAUUCCAACUCUGCCAACUCUGGGAGGGACGACGAGGAAGGAGAAGGGGAGGGUGGAGGUGAUGUCGAAGUUGAGAGUGACAUGGACGGCGGAGAGAGUGAACGAGCUGUCAGUGAGAGUGGGAGAGAAGUGGAGAGUGAGGCCGAGCGAGAAGCUAGUGACAGAGAGGUUGCCAGUGACAGAGAAGGAGAGGAAGCUGAGCAGAGCAUGAGCGGAUCGGAGACCUCGCAUCACCGUAGCCAUGCUGUGGAGUAUGAUGAGAACGAAGUGGAGGAAGUCCAUGAGGCCACCAGUGAGCAAGGUGAUGACGAGCAAGGUGAGAACGAACAAGUCGAGGAUGAAGCCGUCGAUGAGGAGCAAGUUGAGGAAGACCCUGUCGACGAGGAGCAAGGUGACGAUGAGCAACAAGCCUCUCCUGGAGUUGCCGAAGCCCGUGAUGUUUUCGGUGAUUCUGAUUCUGACGACCAAGAAGUAGAGAGGCGGAGGAGUACAAGUAGAGAGCGCAGUCCAGCCGCAAGUGUUGAGAAAGGAGUCCAUUCUGAAGACGAUAGGAGUGAUCAAGAUGUCGGACAUGACAUGGACGACGGUUACGAAUCCGAAGAAGAUCGCCACGCCGAGAAGAAGAGGGAGAAACCUGUUGGUCCUCCUCUGGAACUUGAAGUUCCUCUGAGACCACCCCCCGGACGGUCAGAACAGCUCAACCUCGUCAGAGUUUCGAACAUUAUGGGUAUAGAAUCAAGACCAUUCGAUCCGAAGACAUAUGUGGAAGAGUCAACUUUUGUGACUGAUGCCGAGGGUAAAAAACAGCGUUUGCGUCUUGAAGAGAAUAUUGCACGCUGGCGGAUCGUUCAUAAUCGCGAUGGCAGUGAAUCUUUUGAAAGCAAUGCGAGAUUUGUGAAAUGGUCCGAUAAUAGCAUGCAGCUGCUUCUUGGAAGCGAGGUUUUGGAUCUCUCUGUGCAAGACUCCCGCCAUGACCAGUCACAUCUCUUCAUACGCCAUCCUAAGAGUCUUCUUCAAUCACAAGGGCGCCUACUGCGUAAGAUGAAGUUCAUGCCAUCAUCUUUGUCUUCGAAAUCCCACAAGUUGCUGACUGCACUGGUGGACUCAAGGCAUAAGAAAGUUCUCAGAGUUAGAAGUAUUGUUACCAACAUAGAUCCAGAUAAAGAAAAGGAAGGGCAGGAGAAGGCAGUGGAACAGCGAAUUAGAAAUAGGACGGAUCUGCAACGCAAGCAGGACAAAAUGGUUCGGAAAUAUAGUCACAUUCCAUCUCGAGAUCGAGAAGCACAGCUUUCUCCAGGAUACCUUGAGGGUGCUUUGGAAGAGGAAGAGGAAGCUGAUGACUACGGGAGAGGCAGUAGGAGGAGUAUGGACUCACGUCGUUUCCAGCAGCAGUUGGACGAUGAAACUCGAGCUGAGAGGCGAAUAUUGAAUGCCAAGCGGCAAUCACACCCGCCUAGGAGGCCCCCAGCCAAGGACCGGCGGGCAGCACCUUCUAGGAGGGAAAUGCUUGAAGACACAUCAGAAGACGAGCGUGAAGAGUCAGCAUAUGAGACUGACCCUGAAGAUGAAGAGGAACUUCCGUUGGAAGACGAAGAAAGGGAGUAUGAGGACGAGGACGACGAAGAAGAGGAGGAUCCUAGGAAGUGGUCAGAUAAGGGAAAGGCUUCUGAUCGAGAGGAACGGAGGAGAGACCGCGAUGAUGAUGAUAGGAAGAGGCGUCGGGACAGAUCUGAAGAGAGGGAAGCAUCACCACCCAAGAAAUCCACUCAAAGGAGAGGAAUGCGGGUGGUUGUAAGUGAUAGCGAAGAGGAUGAUUGACCUCAAAAUAUUGUACUCAGGUGCAUGUUUUUCGGGACUUUCUCGCUCUGCAGAUAUCGCGUACGCUCGCUGGUGAAGCCAUAUUUAUUUGAUUUCGAAUGAAACGUGGUGUUGAAACACAGUGAAAGCAUUUUUUUUAAGUCAACGGGAAGCGCUGCAACGUGUUCCUCCUUGUUGGUUUAUCGAGUGCUGCCUCCGGUCUGUUGUUUCAGGUUCCAGCAGUUGCUUUGAAAUGCACUUAGUUUUGUACUUAGUGAAGGCCUGGCUCCUCCUCAGCUGUUAUAGCUGGAUCAUAGAAGGUCACAAAAUUAUUUAGGUGAGUUCAGGGUAUCAUGAAGCAAGCGAGAAAAGCUACAGGUGAAUAUCAAUAUUUAUCAUCUGUUGAUAACCUGAGGAUCAGUAACUAGACUACACAUUGAAGAAGAACCAGUGUAGGCGAUAGGUUUAUGCCUGCCGGCAAAAGCUUUGGGUAGGAGAGAUAGUGUAGGAAUCAUGUUUUAUAGGCCGUGCGAUCCAUGUACAAGAAAUAUUUUCUUCGGUACUGCACGGGAGAAUGAUCACUGUAACUGAGCAGGUAAGAGUUGAUAUAGGAACAUUUUACCUUGUUUAGAAAUCAACACUGCGUAAUAGUACCUUGCGAUGAAAAUUUGGCACGAAGGCCUGUUUCAGUGAAAUAUGUAUUUCUUUUUUCAGAAGGCCUGUAUGUCGGUCACAGAUUAAACACAAUACGAUGUAAGUGGAAGUACGAUUUG